UGAGUGAAAGCGAGAGGGAGAGAGACCGCAGCCUUACGGGGUGGUGGGGGUGGUAGACGUCAAAAUGGCGCACCAAAUGCUUGCUCCGUCCGUGAACUGUUCACUGGAUGAUAUCGAUCUGAACGCACUAAAGGAUCCUGCUGGAAUCUUUGAACUGAUCGAAGUCGUCGGAAAUGGAACAUACGGACAGGUGUACAAGGGUCGCCACACAAAGACUGGACAACUUGCUGCCAUUAAGGUGAUGGACGUCACCGAGGAGGAGGAGGAAGAGAUCAAGCUAGAGAUCAACGUAUUAAAGAAAUAUUCCAAUCAUCGCAACAUUGCCACAUACUAUGGUGCAUUUAUCAAAAAGACGCCCGCCGGCAAAGAUGAUCAGCUGUGGCUGGUAAUGGAGUACUGUGGGGCCGGUUCCGUCACCGAUCUGGUCAAGUCGACCAAGGGCCAGAGCCUGAAGGAGGAAUGGAUCGCGUACAUCUGUCGCGAGAUUUUGCGCGGUCUGAGCUACCUGCACACGAACAAGGUGAUACAUCGCGACAUCAAGGGCCAGAACGUGCUGCUUACGGACAAUGCGGAGGUGAAGCUGGUCGACUUCGGUGUUUCGGCCCAGCUGGACAAAACCAUCGGCCGACGAAAUACUUUCAUCGGCACACCUUACUGGAUGGCACCGGAAGUCAUAGCUUGUGAUGAAAACCGGGACGCAACGUACGACAACCGGUCCGAUCUCUGGUCACUAGGUAUUACUGCGCUAGAAAUGGCAGAAUCACAGCCACCGCUGUGUGAUCUCCAUCCCAUGCGUGCGCUCUUUCUAAUUCCGCGCAAUCCACCCCCGCGCAUGAAGUCGAAGAAGUGGUCGAAAAAAUUUCACAGCUUUAUCGACACGGUGCUAGUGAAAGAUUACCAUCAACGGCCUUACACGGAGCAGUUACUGAAGCAUCCCUUCAUCAAAGAGCAACCAACAGAAAGACAAGUUAGAAUACAGCUUAAAGAUCAUAUCGAUAGGUGUAAGAAGCGUAAGCAGGAGAAGGAACGCGACGACUAUCGUUAUUCCGGAUCAGAAAACGACGACGACGACGGGCAAACUGCGGGCGAACCAUCCUCGAUCAUUCAGGCACCCGGCAACGAUACGCUGCGGCGUACGUUCCAUCAGAUACAGGAGGGUCGCAUGCAAAACGCCGAACAGCAGCAGCCACCGAAUCGAAAUCAGAAACCACAACCUCGAGACGAUCGAAGUAAACCGCAACCGGUAGAGGAGCCGGGUCCACCAUCCCGGCCACAGCUACCGCAACGCUUGAUAGUGGUACCGGACCCACCGGCCAACAGCAAUGCAAACCGACCUCUGCCACCGACACCGCGCAGUGGCAGCGGUUCCUCCUCCCAGCCACAGCAGCCAUCGUCACAGACGCCGCAACAACCGGCACGCAAUCAGCAAAACUUCUUCAAACCGGUGCUGCCACCGAGACGACCUGAGGAAUUGGACAUGUUGGCCGCACAACUAAACGAACUGGGCGUCUCCUCCCCCCCGCAGCAGUCGCAGCAAGCGCAACCAGAAGCUCCACCGCGAAAUAAUCGGCCACAGCCCGGACCGCCCGUGCCUGGUCAGCAGGCGCAGCAGCAGCAGCAGCAGCAGCAACAGGUCAGUGCAGGUGGGGUUGGUGCCAGUGGUGUCGGCAAGCCGCCCGCCAUUGCACCGAACGGCAACAAUAACAGUAGCAAUGGCGGCGGUGGCAGCAGUGGCAACAUCAAUAACAAUAACCACCAUCCGCAACCGAUCAAUCCGCUCGAUCCGAUCGAAAGCUCCGACUCGGACUCGGAACCGGAGGAACCGAACGGCCGAACACGAAACGACGGUACGCUUCUGGCGAGCGAUCCACCGAUGCCACUUCCCGAAUUUUCCUAUAGGACGGGCGGUUUGGGAGUGCUCGCCGAAUCCGACCAGAACAAUCAGUCCUCGUCGAGCACGCCGGCGAGCGGCGGUGGCAGUGGAGCCAGUGUCCUGUCGCCUCCGAGCGGUGGCGGCGGCGGUGGUGGACCACCGAACCGACCGCUACCACCAACGCCAGACGACGAUGACGCACAGGGCGACGGGACACUCAUCAAGCGGAAUUUCGACAAUAAGUCAUCCUCGUCGAUCGGAACGACCACCACCUCGUCGUCUGCUUCCACCGGCUCAACGACCCACUCCGAAAGCGAUGAAGCCGUCCUGCUGCGUGAUUGGGAUUUCGAAAGAUUCUUCCCAUCCAACGAGCGUCCGAAGCCGUCCCAGCGUCACUCGAUGUCGGACAAAACGUCGUCCUCCUCCUCCAACUCGCCGGCCGAUUCCAACGGACGCCUGCGUCCUAACGCGAUCGACAAUAAGACUCGCAAGGAGCUUGCCAACUCGACCGCUUCCUGUGCGAUGAAGAAACCUUACCCGCAACAGCUGAACCUGGCGUACGCCGAGAAGCGCAAGGUGGAAGAGAUGAACAACAAGAUCCGGCUGGAGGAACAUGUCAAGCACGAAAUAUUCGCUCGUCAACGGUUACAGUUCGAUAAGGCAUCGUCACCGUCGAGAGCCACCGGUGGACAAACUGCUUCCCAGCAGCAGCAGGUGCACAAACGUCAGGAGUCGGAUUCUCGACUGCCGCUAAACUUUGCCCGUGCUUUCCGGCGCGAAAAUUCGGACUUUUUCCCACUCUCGAAACGCCAUUCGGCGAUACUGGGUGAAGCGUCCGCGGACGCUAAAUCAAUGUCCCCGGGCAGAGGUCAGGAGGGUUUGCAGCAGCAGCAGCAGCAGCGCUCCAGUGCCAUCUUUUCACGCAGCAGUCGCAACAAGUUCGAGCCCAUUCUGACCAACUUCUCGCUUAACAAUCCGUCCGGUAGUGAUGACGAGCGGCGCUCGGUGUCCCGGUUGACACCUCCCCGUACGGGACAGCAGAGUGUUGGAGGAGGAGGAGGUGGAGGAUCAGGAACAUCAAACGAUGGUGGUAGUGGAAGUGGCAAUGCGCAAGGUCGGCAGCAGAGUCCGCUGGCCGGUUCGCAGGUGACUACACGCAAUAUGGACUUCUUGCGUCCGCGUCGCGAAAAAACUGAGUCGGUUAUCUUCGUUCGUAAUUCACCCAACCGGGCACAGCUAUCCUUGCUGUACGAUGGUCAACAGAAGAAUCGUUCUGGGGAGAACAGCAGCCUUGGUACGCCCGGGCAGCGAACGAGCAGCGUCCUGCCGGAUCUACUUAGUCAAGCAUCACCGGCAACACCUCCGCGACAUGACAAGUCCGCCAGCGAAGAGUAUCGGGCUGCGGUGAAUUCCUCCGUCCAGUCGAACCUCCAAGUCCCCGGUAGCAUGCAAUCCAAAUCCUUCCUUCCAGCUCCAAACAGUACCACCAACAGCGCAAACACCACCACCAACAACCUGAGCGCUGGUCCGGCGGUCAGUGGCAAUGUGGGAAGCAAAGGCAACGCUUCUUCGCCCCAUUCGACGGUGUCGAACUCGUCGUCCUCCCGCAACAACAGUCCCAAUCAUUCGAUUAACACUAGACUCCUAAGCAGUAGUAGUAAUAGUAGUAGUAGCGUCGUCGUCGUCAAUCAUAAACUGCUCAAUAACAAUCAUUUACUACCUCCUCCCUACCAUCAACAAUAUCACCAACAACACCAUCAAAUGAAACAUCAUCUGCCAAUGGGAACGAUGCCGGUGCAUCUGCUUCCCGGUACUGCGAAUGGGAACGCAAACAACCAACAACAAUCGCCGGGUACCGCACAACAACCACAACAACAACCGCUUCCGGUGUCGCCAUUCUCGUUGGCACUGCAACAGAAGCAGCGCAGUUUCCUGACGUUCGGUUUUGGCGCACAGUCAGGCGGAUCGGCCGCAUCGCGUCGCGAGAGCCAUGUGAACGUGAACGUCACACCAACGUCGCACGAUGCUUCGAGCGAUACGCCCGAAAUCCGGAAGUACAAGAAGCGCUUCAAUUCGGAAAUUCUGUGUGCGGCACUGUGGGGUGUGAAUCUGCUGAUCGGCACGGAGAAUGGUUUGAUGUUGCUGGAUCGGUCGGGACAGGGCAAGGUCUACCAGCUGAUAUCUCGUAGACGGUUCCAGCAGAUGGAGGUGCUCGAAGGACAAAACAUUCUGGUGACGAUCUCGGGCAAGAAGAACCGUGUCCGUGUGUAUUACCUGUCCUGGCUCAAGUCAAAGAUAUUGCGCACCGAUGGACUGACGGAUCAACAAGUGGAACGCCGCAACGGCUGGAUCAAUGUCGGCGAUCUGCAGGGUGCAGUGCACUUCAAGAUCGUCAAGUACGAGCGAAUCAAGUUCUUGGUGAUCGCUCUGAAAGACUCGAUCGAAAUCUAUGCCUGGGCACCGAAGCCCUACCAUAAGUUUAUGGCUUUUAAGAGCUUCGGUGAACUGAUGCAUCGUCCACUUUUGGUCGAUCUGACGGUCGAGGAGCAGACGCGACUAAAGGUCAUCUACGGGUCGGCGGAAGGUUUCCAUGCAGUCGAUCUCGAUUCAGCAACCGUUUACGAUAUCUAUCUUCCUAAGCAUACUCAGGGUCCAAUUUCGCCACAUUGUAUCGUAACGCUGCCGAACUCGAACGGCAUGCAGCUACUGCUGUGCUACGACAACGAAGGUGUCUACGUCAACACGAUGGGCCGCGUGUCCAAGAACAUUGUGUUGCAGUGGGGCGAAAUGCCAACUUCCGUUGCGUACAUCGGCACCGGUCAAAUAAUGGGCUGGGGCAACAAAGCAAUCGAGAUUCGCUCGGUAGAAACCGGCCACCUGGACGGUGUGUUUAUGCACAAAAAGGCGCAGCGUCUCAAGUUCCUGUGCGAGCGGAACGACAAGGUUUUCUUCAGCAGUGCCAAAGGCGGCUCGUCCUGUCAGAUCUACUUCAUGACGCUGAACAAACCGGGCAUGGCCAACUGGUAAAG